AUGAAAUCUACGACGCAAUUUUCCGCCGUUCGCCAGGACGCUGAUGACGAUGCACGAAGGAGCGCCGAAUUGCUCCCCAUGGCCGACAGCCACAGCGACGCCAAGUCCGAAUCGCCCCAAGAAUGGCCCCGAAAGGAUCGCAGGACGACAUUCUACGAGAAGUGGUCACCUUUCCCUUGGCGAGUAACCGGCGUCUUGUUAGCAAUCCCUCUUGCGCUUGCCGGCAUUGUCGGCCUCGCUGCGGCGGCGGAAACGGUAUCGCAGGGCUACAUCAUGGGACGAGACUGUUACCCGAACGGCCUUUGGAAAGAAGCCACCGGAGCAACAUGGCGCAUCAUGGAUUCCUCCUACUUCUUUACACCGAACUUGAGCUUCGGUGCUCUCACUUUUACGCAGGUAAAGGUCAUCGAUGUCGCAUGGGACCUGAUCAUUGGAAGAGGCGGACAACUCUUGUUGGCAUGGGUAAAUUACCGCGUCUUCAACGAGUGGCUGGUAUAUCACAUGGAGAUGCAUCACACGUCCUACAAACUUUACGCCGCUGUAGCCUUCGAGACAACGACAAUGGCCACGCUCGGUGUUCUAGGGAAGGAGUUCCUGGCUUAUGGAGCGUGCACGUGGAAGCGCUUGUUCCGUUGGCUCGCUAUUUUUUCGAUGCUGCUAUCCACCCUCUAUGUAAUCGCGUUCCCAACGCUGAUGGCAGCCAUGACUGGUUAUAUCACGACCUACCAGCCCUAUAUCGAGGAUUUCGAUGGCAAUCUCAUGGAGUGGAGCAAAGCUAAGGACGUGGUAUACAUCAUCAAGGACGCGGAUAGGGUGGGUUUGGAAGCACCGCUCAUCGUCACAGCGGAUGAUCAGCCGCUUAUUGAUGCCGUUCACCAUCAUAUGAGCCAGUUCAGCGAUUGGGACUACACCUUCUUCCUAGUAGGAGAUUUAGACACUAAAGUACCGUCGGUUGAGAUUAGAUUCCCCGGCGGUUUCAAUAUGACUAAUGGAAUUCCGAACCCCAAUAUCACGGCUGACUGGGUGUUCGACGGCAACACGACAUCGACGUUUCGCAGCCUCCGCAUCGCAAGCUUCCCCACUGAUGAUUAUGGAUUAGACUCCAGCAAAAGUCUCAACAAAGAUCCCAGACUUCAAUACGCUUUUGAGACACGGCCAGAUGCGAACCACUCCUACACCGGGUAUUACCUGCUGGACCACGGAUCUUGCAAGCCUAGCGAAACGUACCAAUGGGGCUUCUCCUACAUCUUCCUCUUCAUGGUAUCGAUAUUCAACUUUGUCUGGGUCUGCAUCAUGGUCGAGUAG